AUGCAGAUCGCAGCCAUGCUAUUCGUCCUUACCUCCGUGUGCGUCGGUUCGGAGGUAUCAACGGCGAUCGGGGUUCAUCGAAACAAUUCGACCCCUGGUUCUCCUAGCAUUGGUGACGGCACUCCUGUCAAGGACAUCCGUCUCCAAUGCGACAGCAACAGCUUGGGGCUGGUAAGCUCUCAAGAGAGACCGGGUAUCUACUACCUUCGAGGGGUCUGCGGUAAUUUAUAUAAAGGCCCUCACCUAUCAAGGUGUUCUUUCCUGGAUCUCAGCAUGUGUUACAUCAACGAUGGAGGAAACAUCCGAGCUCAGAAGAUGGGCAAUUUCCUUAACUCUUGCGAUAGCUGUACCCUCUAUUCAGCCCAUGGUUCGAAUAUGUUGGCAUGUACUUGCGCAAGAGGCGAACUUCUUGGUGGAGGGACGCAGGAGGCUGCCGUCCAGCUUGACGAUCUUCUGUACGUCAAGAACGGAUUCUUAAGCUGCUACGGCUACACCAACUUCGAGUGCCCGUACGAUGAUGUGCCAUACUAG